UAAGAGUACAUGUCAUGUUUGCUCAAAUGUGUUUUGAAAAUGAUUGAGGACCUAAAAGGAUUUAUUUGAGGCCAGUAGUAAGUACAAACGAGAUUGAGCAGUCAUGAUUCCAGUAUUGUCUUGUAUGCAGUUAGCGGCGAGCAUGACUGGUACUGGGAGUGGGGAAGAAAAGACUUGCCCCGAUGAAGGGCCAGAGAAAAACCUAACAGAGGCAAACGGGACUAGUAACUCGGAUGGACUGCUGCAGACUGAAUUAGCCGUAGAUAUUGAUUGUCAGAAUAACAACCAGGAGAAAGUAGUUGAAGAGAUAGAAGAACCUGAUGUUCAGUCUGAUGUGGUACAGUCUGAUGUGGUAACUAAAACAAGCGAGAAAAACAAUUCCGUGAUUGUCGAGACUUGCGUAGAUGACGGUCAACCGGCAAAUGAACUAGAACAACAAGAUAAACCUGAAAGUGUUAAUGGUACGAAAGUUGUAAACGAUACUCCUGAUUCUGACGUUGACGAAGUAAUAAAUAAAAGCGAAAAUAAUAAAGAGUGCAAUAGUGUUACAGAGGAACAAAUAAUUGUAGAUGAUAGUGAAACUAUUUUAAAUGAGCAUCAUAAAGCUACGGAAGACAUUGACGAUAACUUUGUAACAGAAGAGGUAAUUAAACCCAAGAAAACAUCGUUGAGCACCUUUCUGUCGAAGUCGUAUUUUGAUGAGGAAUCGAUAUUAAAGUUUGGUAGUGUAGACAUUGCUGAUGACGCUCAUAUACAAUUAGAAAUACUUCACGAGAAAACAAAAGGUAAAUCUUGGGAUGACGAGUUGAAAGAAACUGUUGAAACACAUGCAAAUGAUAUUCAAGUGGAAGUAGACAGUGAUCUUGAAUAUAUUGAAGAAAAACCUUUGGAGAAGAACCAGAUUAAUGACACUAACAUAACUCCGCAACAACAAACAAAAGAAAACGACCCAGAAAUAAAUGAGCAAGAAGAUGAUGAUAUAAGAUUGGAUGAUAAAACAGAAGUCAGACUCGAUAAAAAAAAUUUACAAGAAGAUAAUUUUCAGAAUAAUGAAACAGAUAGUGAAGUAAAUGCAAAUGAAGUAAUUGAAAAAACGAUUGUAAAAGAGAAGAGAGUUGAUGAACUUUGUGAAAACCUACAUGUUAGUGAAACUGACAAAGACAUUUUAACCGGUGUCUCAACAAUAUCAGGAGCUACUGGCAAACCUGAGCACAAUAAAGAUAAAAUUAAUGAAGAAGUUCAAUUUGAAGCAGUGGCUCGUGAUGAUAUAGACGGUAAUAAAGAAGUCACAGAUGAAAAUAACGCGUCCGUGAAUGGUGAAAGUAAUUCUGAGUCGAAGGGUCAUAUAGAUAACAGUGAUUACGACGCCGACACAAGUGAUUCUGAAUCUGAAAAUAUCGAAAGGUUAGAUAAAGUAAACAAUGCUAAUUCGAGCGAUUCAGAAACUGAAAGAAUUGAACGCACUAAUGAACUAAAGGCGGCACUCCUAUCGUGUCUUAAAUACAAACGUGAAACAUUUGAAAAGAGUGAUAGCACGAAUAGUGAAAAGGAAAUGAGUGAGCAAUUUGAAUCUGUUAGAAGAGAAACUUUCGAAUCAUACACAAACAAAGACAAUAGAAAUGAUCCAGAAAUUGACAUAAAUGAUGAAGAUAAACAAGAACUAUCAGAAAAUCAAAAUAGUGAAUUAGAUAGUAAAACAGAAUAUAUUAGAAUGCCGGAGACUCGAGACAAUAUGGACGGGUGUGUUUCACCGUCAAUGAUGUUCGCCUCUUGUAGAUAUAGAUGGGAAAAGUCCAUUUUAACACAGUCACCAAGCGUUGUAUUUGUAACGCUUAAUAACAAGGAGGUCGAGCCUAUUAAGCUAGAAUGGUCGGAAUCAUCGCGGUGCUUUUAUUCCGAGGAGAUAAAGAUACCAGUAGGUGUAUACAUUGGUAAUUUGGUGGUUGAUGGUACAUUCUAUCCGGUAGAGGACAUUGUUAUGAAGCACUAUACGUUUGAAGUGGAUCUAUAUCUUAAAGACGAUAUCCUAGAGGAUGAAGGGCAAAGUUCUGGCGUAGUGAAGGCUGAGGAAUUUAUCAAACAGAAACAACAGGGCAGCAGCCAGGAACCAGAAAAACUUAAUAGAGAUUUUACUUAUACACCUAACAGGGCCUCUGGUUACACAUAUUCUUCAGCCAGGUCCAAUAUGGAUGCAGAGACAACUGACCAAGCUAUACCAGAAGGGAGUAUUAAUGCAACAAGCAAAUACCAGGAACUUUUACGAUCACAGAUGACUCAAAAUAAAGGUGCUUUAAAUGAUAAUGACUUAGACUCUGGUGUGCCUUCAAAGACAGACUUUACGGAUCUUGGUGGCCGACGUACACCUGUGGGAGAGGAUGGUGAUAAACAAUAUCAGGACGGUGACACUGCAUCCCAGAAAUCAUUAGGAAGGGAAGAUAAUUUAAGUAACGGCACCAAUGGUCAAACUGUUACUAAAUAUAACACAACUUUAGAUGAUUUUUUCGAACAAAGGAAUCAUCAUUCAAAUGGAUCAAUACAGAAUGGAUUCGAUGCUGGGGAGAGAACUACUCCACCCGCAGUCAUUGAUGAUGUUUUAGGAAAUGGGCAUUCAAGAACACCAAUUUAUUCAACAGAGAGCCCUGUGUAUUCUAAGCACAGUUCUGCUCAUAGCUCAGCCCGGCAGACUCCCACAGCAACAGAAGCAUUUGAACAAGGACGACCAGAGUCAGUUGGUUCUACACAUUCAGCAAACUCAUUGAGCAAGCAAGUGCUUGACGACCUUGUAAGUGACGCAUUGGGCCGACCAAGAGCUAGUAGAUCCUUUCCUUCCCCUGAACCAACAAGGGAAGGUUCUAGACCAUCCUCAACCCCUACACGACCUGAAUCAGUGGGUUCUGCUCACUCUGAGAAUUCGUUGAGCAGACGGGCAAUUAAUGACAUUAUUGAAGACAGUUUAAAUAUAACAAAAACUCCACCCCCGUCUAGGGAGAGUUCACUUCAUGGUUCAAGGCCACGGACUCCUCCGUCACAAGAGCAGAUUGAUGAUGUAUUGAACCCUGCAGAUAGGCAUUCUCCUAUACGACGUGAAUUUUUAGCUGGCUCCCCUAGUUUAUCGAAUCAUUCAGGAAAAAGUUCAAAGUCAAGUCAUAGUUCUGCUCAUAGUUCUGCUCAGAAUUCAGCUCAUAGCUCACAACGGCAGACGCCACAAAGAGACAUCAUUUCCAAUUCUUUAAAAGCAAGUCAAGAAAAGUUAUAUUCUGGACUUGGUUCAGGUAGUAAUGCUAGUUCACGCCCACAGAGUCUCACAAGUGAACAAGAACUUACUCAAUACUAUGAAAACUUGGCUGACACUAAGAGCGGAAGUAAUACAGAUAUUUUAGGAAGUGCUGGGCCACGCACAGGAAGUGCGGCCAGUCUCCCUGCUAUUGGUAGUCAACAAAGAUACACCCCAGACAAAAGAAGUAUGACACCAGAUAACCAUAUUAGAGUUCCGGUAGUAGGUUCCAUUAACAAACCCUCAUUGUUGCCAAGCAGGACGCCGCCUCGGACCCCCAUAUCUAAUGCAAGCAGCAGAACUGUUACCCCCAUGAAUGCUGAGACGGACAAUGAGUUAAGAUAUAGAGAGCAAGUCAAGGAUUUAGAGAGUACAAUUUCGAACCUUCGCACAUUAUUAAGUUCAAGAGAAAAUGAAGUGGCAGAGCUGAAAGAUCAAUUUUCAGAAGUACGGAAAAUCAAUGACAAAUUGCAAGGUGAUCUUGACAGACACAGAGCAAGGGCUUCACCAGGGCCGCAGAUUGCGGAGCUGGAGAGGAAAGUACAUGAAGCUUGUAGUGAAAGAGAUAGUCUAAAUAUGGAGGUGUUACGCUUAAAGGAGGAACUGAAACAGAAGUCCGAGCCUGGACUCAACAGCUACGAUCCCAACAGUCCCUCAGCAUUACAGAGAAAAAUAGAUGAAUUAAACAGUCAGAUUCAAGACUUGAUGGAAGCUCACGACGCAGCAUCGGAGGAAAUUCACGCGGCUGAGAGAAAGGUGAAAGAACUGGCCGGAGAGAACGAGACAUUACGUGUCACUCAGUCAGACAGACUGAGAGAUAUAGAGGACGAAAAUAGACAUCUUAAAUUAGAGCUGCAGAGAUUAAAAGAAGGUCACGUAGGUCAUAGCGACGCGACAGAUUACAGAUAUAAGAUAGAACUACAGCAAGUGAAGGAAGAUAAUCGGAACCUAAGGGAGAGAAAUUAUCAGUUACAUGAUGAUAAUAUAAGAGCCAAGGAAGAGUUAUCUGAACUUAGGAAAACUAUAGAAUUCAUGGAUAAGAAAGUGCAAAAGAAAGAGGAUAGAGGUCGCCAGUUUGAUGCGUAUGAAAGAAGUGCCACAGAUACAGAUAGAUUUAUGAAAUCUAGUUACCAGAGUGACCUCAGCUACACCAGGUUAUCCGAUCCUGUACCAGACAGAAGGACCGACAGGGAGAGGGAGAGUUAUUCCUUCUCAAGGUCAAAUUAUGACCUUCAGAGGACGGAACCAUUGAGAGAUGAUAGGGAGUUUAAAGAGGAAAGAUUUACCAAAUCUGAUGCAAACAGAUAUGAAAGUUAUAGAACUGGGCCGGAUGGUGGAUCUUCAGACAAACUGCUAAGCUCCCUUGGAUAUGUACGACCUUUGACCCCUGAAAGGCCAAGUGCUUUAGGGCCUCCAAAAAGAGAAAGUCCAUUGAUGUCAAAAUCGCAGGAAAGAGUUGACCUUUCAAGGACAUUUGAAAGGAGUGAUAUAGACUUCAACAGAGCGCGAAUAGAAAGAAGCAGGACAACGUCGGCAGAGAUUGACCUUCGAACAACGUCACUGGCAGCAUAUCAUGAUGAUUUGUCAAAAACAACUCCGGCCUUGUCUGGAAGAUCUAGAGCAAUUUACAACGAAAUAUCUGACCAGCGAUCCAAGUCUAAAGUCCAAACUGAUGAUGCGAACAACACAAAUUAUUGUGAGUCAGCUGAUCAAAAUGACUGUAAACCCCAAACUGAAACUGUAAAUAACCCUAGUAACCCUAGUAACCAAGCUCACACCUCCCAGGUUUUCAUGAAUCGUUUUGUGCCCAAAAAUCCAAAAGCAGAAGUGGAGGAAUCUCAAGCGGAUACCAGAAGAUUGCAUUUAGCUGAGAAAGUAGACCCAGCAUACGGAAGGCGGGAGGCCAAAGUCACUCAUCAGAGAGAGGCUCUUGAAAAACAGAUGGAAUUGUUAGAAAAGCAAGCUGAAAAACAAGCAUUACUAGCAUCGUUACCAAUUGUCACAAAGUCUGGUUACUGUGACGACGGUAAUAUGAGUGACACGCCCACUGAUAUUCUUGUGAAUACUGCCCCAGUUGAAAAGAUUGCUGCAGCAUCGUGGAAUAAAGGGCGUCAGAGGCGAGGUUCCGUCGGAUCUGAUGCAUCUAAUUCAUCGUUCAGUGACAUUGAUGAACAGAUUACAGCAUCUGUGCGAAAGAGAUCAAAAUCUGCCGAUGGGAGAGAAAUUUUAAGAAGGAUGGGUCCAACAGGUAGCUCCAGCAAGGAAAACCCAAGUUUAACACGUACAUUAUCACCAGCGCCCUCUGCUGGCCUACGUUCAGUGACACUUAGACCAAUAGCGACACAGCAUAACAAGUCAGCACUAUCACUAUCCAGCAGUUUGAAUUCUCUGACCCAAGGUUUGCGGCCAUUUGCUCCCCGAAGUGCACAAGAUUUACAGAUAAGUGAUGUUAUAAAGUUCUCUAGGCAAGGAGGGAAACUAAGUCAAGGAACUAUAAAGUUUAUAGGUCACUUGCCGGGACGAGGUGACAUCUACCUGGGCGUGGAGCUUGAUAAAGAAGAUGGCAAGCAUGAUGGUGUAUUUGAAGGGAUCAGAUAUUUUAAAUGUAAACCAAGCAAGGGUGUGUUUGUUGCCUACAAUAAGGUGGUGAUGGCAUGGACAUCAUAUUGAGGGCAUGGCAUGUACCUUACAGAGUAUAACAUAUCCAGAAUAAUUCGGCCACGAUUAAAAUUUGAUAUGGACAGCAUUCUAAGAAUUAUACAAAAAUAUGUUAUUAGGAUAUAUAUAUAUAUUGACAUGAAAUAUGGCUUAAUAAUAUAUCCCAUAGGCACAGUUUAUGAACACUUCAUAUUAUAAACCUAGAUUAAAUAGGCAGAAAAUAAACGGCAUGCCAAGAUAAUAUGUGUUAUUAGCAUAUAGACAAAGAAUCUGGCUAAAAAUUAUAUGGUUUAAACACAAAAUAUACCUAGAUUAAAUUGGCAGCAAAUGAAUGGCAUGCCAAGGUACCAUGUGUUAUUAGGAUAUAGACAAAGAAUCCGGCUAAAAUUAUAUGGUUUAAGCACAACUUAGGACACUAAAUAUUAUAAACCUGAAUUAAAUUGGCAGAAAAAAUGAAUGGCAUGCCAAGGAUGAUACUCUAUGUUAUAAGAAUAUAGAAUAUGGCCAAAAAAUAUAUGGUUUAGACACAACUUACGUACCAAAUAUUUGUAGCAGAUUAUAUGCUAUAGGUUCUUAAGCAAAGGUUUUGGCACAAAUCUUUCAUUUGCAUCAACUUCAUUCCAAGAAAUUUAGUUCCUUUGAGCUUAAUUUUUAGCUGUAUAAGAAAUCCACAUUCCAUUUUUUACAGUCAUAUUCUCAUGUAAUUAUGCCUAAACCUGAGUGAAAACAGUUUUUAUGAUUUUAGCUGACUUUCUAUAUCUUUAAUGUUAUAAGGUGGUGAUUUCUGCCUUACAGUUAUAUGGCUGCAAAAACUUGGCUUUUCUAU